GCAACCUCGAUUGUGGUCACAUCCUGGUCAGCGAAUAAGCGUUCUUGUUUCGAUUUUCAAAACGAGGUUAUCUGCACCUUAUCAUUGGCCUCCUCCAUGGCCUUCCCACCAUUUUAAGCGCUGGGGAUGACCGCCAAUGGGACCGGCAUCUGCGGGCUUCUGACCAAUGUGAAGCUCACCGGCUGUUCAAGGGUGCCCGGUGAUCGCCUCUCUUAGAGCCCUGAGAUGUCGCAAGCGCGGCUGUCUUGCAUCGGCGCAACGCUCGUCACGAUAAUUUUGGACAUUACCUUUCUUUCCCCAUGUGUGUUCAAGAUUACGUGCCGUGCCUAGACACGGCACACGGCGCGUAUCCAGGCUAUAGAGAGGUUGUAUAUGUACGCUUCAUGAUCGCACUUUCGUAGGUCUGUGAUACUGGAAAACCACACAACUGCCUGACUGCCAUCCUGCUUUCUCUUUUCUUACGUAUUUUCUUUCCUGGAGAUCGUUUCUUACAUUACGUCUAGUCAUUCUGCAUUGUAAUACACCUCAUUUUACGACAAUAUUUCACGACUUUCUCUUUAGCCAUGUCUUCCGAUCUCAAGAACGUCACGCAAACCUCAAACUUUGAGGUCGAUUCUGAUGACGCUCACUACCCUUCUCACCCACGUCUUCUCAAGACAGUCGAUACUGCAAGAGUCAGCUUGACGGCUGUGGCCCUUCUCAUGGGCAUCACCAUCCUUGGUACAUCAGCAGAUGCCUUGGCUGUCUACGAUGCCACCCAUGUACCAGCCGGCUUCAUGCUUCCGCUGUGGCCGGACGCCUUUGACUUGCGUCCAACAGUCGCGCUCGUGGUUGGGAGCUCCAUUCUCAUAAUCAUCAAUCUCGUCUCUCUCCUCUUCAGUCGAGUUCAAAGUCUGCGUGGUCAAACUCUCAUCCACAACUCAUUGGCAGUGGCCGCCCCAUCGGUUGGAUUGGUGGCAUCGAUCAUUGCCAUGUCCUUCUUCUACAGCGUCAACGCGUCGAUCACGGUCGACACACUACAGAGCUGGAGCUGCCGCUGGUCCGAUGUUGUGAUGAUGACGAGGCCGCAUUUCGGCACCCUCUGCAAGCAAAGCAAAGCGGGCCUCUACCUGUCCAUCCUGCUGAUCCCGAUCGAGGCCAUCAUCGUGGGAAUGGGCGGCUAUCAGAUGAUGCUCGAGCGGAACAUGAGCAAGUCCAAUAGAGUGGUACUGGAGCAGCGCAAGUCUGGCAGCCCGGCGCCUUCAUCAGUCCGCGACGUCGAGGGCGAUCACCACUGAGAAGAGCGGCUGAGUGUUCGUCCAAGAGACCUGGGUCAACGGUCGUCGUCUGCUAUGUAUCCACAGGUUGGGUCGAGGGAAUAAAGAGGGAGCCGGAAACGGAAGAUUUCCAUUCUUGUAAUCAGGCGUCAAGGAUGUGUAGUAGUAGCAGAGGUGGGAGCCAACUACGUCACGUAUCAACGUAGGUAUCCAAUUAUUCAAUGUUUUCUGAAAAUUUCGCGUCCCUCGUCUGCAGAGGUGAAGGGCGCUUCUCGACUUGCCGGUACCAACUCAGGGUUUGAUCCGAUUUUCAUCCUUUUAGCAGCUAUGCUCCUCGAUCGAAGGCUGCAUGCGGUAUUCACCGAGGUCUAGCAGCUUGAAGCUUGCAGCCACCAGGGG